AUGGCGCUCCUUUCCAUUGCCCACAAUAACAACAACGACAGCAACGGAGCCGGCUGGAAAGUUAGUGACGGUAGCGAUGCCAUUUCCAGCAGAAGAUCGUCUGGAAGAGAUGUGAGAGAGUGCAAUGCUGACACGGCCCAGGCACUAGAAGCAUGCGAGAGAGCAGCGAAAGCGGCAACGCCCAGAGAACGAGAAAGAGGCAUGGUCAGUCGCUUGGGAAGACGCUUUCGGCGUUACUGUAUAUUCCUGGCUCACUCUCACCAUGAAAGCGUUUCGGCGCCAGAAGACGAGACAGAGGCGGAGGUCAGCUCCUUGGAGCAACUGACCGGCAGCCGGAGCAGCAGUCGUAGUCGCCGACGCCGCAGCAGCAGUAUUGGGAGCGCCGGCAGCCGGCUGAAGAUGCGACUUCGGCGCUGCACUUCGUCACCAGGAUAA